CGAGGCAGAAGGCCGCCCACCAAGAGCCAGGGUCUGGCGGAGGUUUCUUCCGUUAAAGGGAGUUUUUCCUCCCCCCGUCACUAAGUGCUGCUCAGGGAGGAUUUGUUGGUUUUCUCUAUUGUACUGUAAAGGUCUAGAGCCGACUGUGUAAAGUGCCCUGAGAUGGUUUGUUGUUGUGAUUUGGUGUUGUACAAAUAGAACUGAAUUGAACCCAACUGAGAUGGUUUAUCCCGGGAAAGUGGGCCUGGUUUGGAGUUGAGACCCACUCAGUGACAGUCCUCUUCUGUGCUGUUUUUCUUCUCAAGUAUUACUGAGAAACUAUUACUCUUUUGCGUUCUAGGUGGAGCGUGGUGGUCCGGGUCAGACUCGGUUUCCAGACAUUUACUGCGAGUUUGAGUCACUACAGGCUCAGGUGAGACAGGCCGCUCAGGAAUAUAUCAUCAGCCCGCAGGGCGGAGCCGUGCCGCUCGAGGUCAGGAACAUUGAGGUUGCCAGGUCUCUGGGGAUCCUGGACGAGGUGAACAGGAUGAAGGUGGUUCCUGGAGCAGCUUCUAGCUCAAGUCUGACCAAUAAAAAUGUCAGAUACAUGGAGAAUUCCAAGAUGCUGCCACCAUCAAAAAGAUUCAAAAUGGAGAACAGCGUUCCAGUUCACCAAAAUGGCAUUGAGGUGCCUAGAACAGGUGGCACUGCAGUGACCCCUGUGAACCCUACUCUGAAGCCCUGCUCGGUCUCCGUCUCCCCUCUGGUGAUUCCAAAUGGAUCCAAACUACUGACCACUACCGCCGACUCCAGCUCCAGGUCUCCUGGUUCCACCUCUGCAAAGAUGCCCUCCACACAGGCUCCGUCCCCUCCCACACCAAUGGCAGUGACCUCAGAUGAGGGUCACGGGGAGGGGCCUCUGCAGACUGUUGCUGAGUUGGAGCCUCUGUCAACAAGCCAAGAACAGGUCCUGAGCACCACUGACAUCACAGCCCAGAUGAAGGAGCUUGAGAAAACUCUGGGUUCAAGGUCUGAGACUACCACAGACACAAAGACACCCAAGUCUGGGUCUGUUCAGACACCAGAGUCCACCUCAAUCCAGACACCUGAGUCCAACACAGUCCAGACUCUGACCUCCUCUCAGAACCAGCAGAGGGACUUGUCCCAGUCUGACACCAGAGACACAUGUGUGGCAAAAGAGCUGCAAGAAGGACAGGAGAUCUACAUCCAGACCGAGGGGCUGACGGUCCAGCUUUCAGAGCCUGGAUCAGAUCGGAUCGUCAUUGUCAAUGGGCCAGAUGGGACCACUAUGCACAUCCAGACUCCAGAGGGGGUUCCCCUGGAGGCGGUCCAGGCCCUACUGGGCAUUGAAGCAUCAGAUGGAGCCAAAGCUCCUCAGUAAAGUGAGCAGGACCAGAACCUGACCUAAACUCCAUCGCAGCAACAGGAAGAGUCUGGAUUUUUAAGGUGGAAUUUAUAAUUUGGAAUGAGCGGCCAGGUACCGUAGACGGACCCUACCUGCAGCUGCAAGUUGUACACAUCCACACAGAUGAACACCAAAGAGCCGACUAACACCUGAACCCAUAAAACACCUGGACCUGUAACAGCCUUGAAAGACAGGUCAGCAUCACCUGUCUGUCUCUGUCCCACCUGUCCAGUCCCCCAGGACAAACGCAGUGUCAAGGCAUGGGUGUAAUGAGCACAGCAACCUGCAGAGGGCAGUAGUAGAACGUCAGAGUGCUGGUUUGUGGUUUCAGGUGUUCCUGUUAGCUCUGUUCAAGAUAUUUCAGAUUAACACAUGAGCACAGAAUGAACUUCUGUCACACCUUGAACCUGUUCUUAUCAAUCUGUCUGCAUAAUGUCUCAUUCUUUUGUUUCUUCAGACUGAACUUCCUGUUCAAAAACAAUUUGAAGACCUUCCACCAAACACCUGAUAUCUUUCUCGGAAAACAUCAAAACUAUUCAGAAAGCAGAGUGAGGCCUCCAUCUGCAGGCGAUUUUCAGGCUUCUCAUCAAUUCUAACAAUUUCCCAACAAAUCUAUUUUUAUUUUAUGGUGCUCAUAUUGAAUAUUUUUUCCUGAGUAAAACAUAUCCAGUCAUUAGGUUAUAAUCAACCUGACCAGGUAACAACACGGUUAAAUGUGUUGUUACCUGGUCAGUUUCAUGUCUGUUUCUGCAGCUAUCCAGAAAAUCCUGAACUCAAAUUCACAGAUUAAACAUCUAAACAUGAGUAACAUAGUUUACGAUUGAGGUAAGAAAAUUUCCUUAGUGUCCUCUUUGGGCUGUCAUACUCAGCAGUGCUGAACAGUCUUAUGACCUCAGUUCAGCUUAUUUGAUUGGUUUAUUCAGUUCUCACCUGUGCUGUUAUUGGCGUCUCGUCAGGUGGUCAUCUUCCUGCUGGUUUUUAAAGAAUCUGGAGUGACUGCAAAUUUGUAAACUUGUAUUUUUUGUUUCCAUGUUUGGACUUGUUUAACAUAUAAAGCGAUUAGUUGGCUGUUUAUAUGUAGAUAAAUAUUAAAAACAAAGUUCAAAAAAGUUGCACUAUUUUAUUACUUUUUAUAAAACUUUACAGGGAAACAUUUUCCAAACGUAAACUGAAUGUUUGUACUCGUGUGGUGGAAUGAGGAAAGGACGAACUGAAAACAGUUUGGAGGAAAUCAAACUUUGUCAUGUUGAUCGAGUGUUAAAUGCAUUGUGUUCCUCCAAUAAAUAAAUGUGACAAAAUCAAAUCACCAGUCGCUGUUCAA